ACUCAUUCAAUCACUUUCCACAGUUUUCCAAUAUCUCAAACGUGGUUUUCCUGUGUCCUGAUGGACAAAUAUAUAGGUAAGUUAGACACCUGUCCACAUUACCAGUCAACGCUUUGAACAGCAUCCUUUGGGUAAUUUGUGCCAUCGUUAAAGAAAGUUAAGAGAAGAUGAAGCUGCUCGUUUGUUGUCUCCUAGCCAUCACCUGUGUUUUGGUGGAUGCAGACAAGGGUGAGAGAAUCCUGAAGCUGACUGAAGUAAUAAAGGAAUUAAAAGCGCUAAACAAAAGUGUGACGCACAACAGUGUGAUGUCGAACGCUCCUUCAAUGGAUACGGAAGAGUGCUGUUCCCAGUCUGCCUUGGAGUGCUUCCGGGCGAUGGUACCUCAUCUCAAGGCCAAAAAUAAGAUCCUUCAGCGUAAAGUUAUCAAAAACCUCAACAACCGAAUGAUUUUGGGAAGUCUGGACUCCUGCAGUCAGGAGGAGAGAGAGAAAACAGUCUGCCAAGGAUGUGAUUCAUAUCCAAAGGACAGCCAGAAAUGUGUACAACAGUUGGAAUCUCUGCUUCAAAAGGCCAUCAGUAGACUGGCGUGAGGAAAAGAUUGGGGGGGGGGAACGUGGGAAAAGACAUGGGAAUGUGUAGAAGACACUACUCUGUGAACACAUCAGAGGCAUGGCCAUUACCGUCACCUUACUAUUCUAUUUAUGUAAUAUUUAUUUAUGAAAUGGUGUUAUCCUACUCAAGCUAAAGAAUUGUAAUUUCUUUUUUUAUUACAAGACAGCCUUUUUGGUGCCCUAUAGUGCAAGAAGAUGUCCAUGCAGUUUAUCAUUUGAUUGUUCAUAUUUCUUUAUUUAUUCACAUGAACAUGUUUGUAUGUUUGUAUACUAUUCACAUUGUUAGUUGUGAAUAUGUCUCACCCAUUACUCCAUACUAUGCAUCUUAUUAAAUCAAAAAUAAGUAUCUCACAAUGAGAUUAAAUCGAUUGAAAAGGUGAAGAAAUUAUGAAAUUGGAGAAAAAGUAUUUGUUCAUCAUUUUUGAUGAUCCUAUACUGUUGUUUUUUGUAAUUUAAUGUAAGAAUAUUAAAUAACUGAUAUUGUA